CCGCACUUCGACAUCAGCAAGUUCGACAAUUACAACAAGUCGGACGCCUUGUCAUGGUGGCAAUGCUUCCUCACGGAAGCAUCAUGCCGCAUGGUCCCGGCGGACGAUAUGUUUAAGGCACUAUAUCUGCAGCUGAUUGGAGGAGCGCAGGGAUGGAUGAACCACCUAGCGGCUACACACAAGUGCACUAUCGCCGAACUCCACACGCACAUUACGUGGAAGGAGUUCGAGCAGCUAUGGUUCACUCGGUUCAUGGUCCGCAACGUCGUGAAGGCGGCCAUGAAUGAGGUGUACACAUGCUCUCAAGGGAACAUGCCAACUCCAGACUGGACAACGAAGUGGCAAAAGAUAGUGACCACAGCAGGUUUCGACUUGACGUUUCCAAAUCAACGAUCCGAGUUCUUCUCGCGAUCGUGCGCGGGAUUGCGGUCGGCACUCGGCAAUGAGUACGACUAUACCACAUUCCACGCCAUUCUGGAUCGAGCGAACUUGGUCAUCCAAACGGACGACAAGGCCGCUAAUGAGAGACAAUCCCAGCCGCACUAUGUGGCUAAACAGACCUAUCAACGUCCGGCACAUAACAAUGCCGUGUUUUCUGAAGAAAUCGACGACCACCACGCGGCGGCAGCAUCCUUGAGUGAUGGAGGAAUUGUCGCAGCGCUCCCGCCGAAGCAUCUGAAGAGAGUUCGCAAGAACAAGGCAACACAAUGGACAGCGGUGACGGGAGCUGGGCAGCAGCCAUGGACGACUUAUAACAUCACCAAGGAGGUCUAUGACCUACGUCAGAAGUACUCAUACUGCCUAUGGUGCAACAGUUAUAGAGACGUCUUCGAGGCUCCCACCGGAACGGUUCCGGAUCGGCCCAUACGUCACGGGAUCACUCUCGAGGCUGGCGCCGUCCCUCUGCGUGGAUGUAUCUACCGCAUGAGCGAAGAGGAACUCGAGGUGCUUCGCGCACAACUCGAUGAUCUUCUCGACAAGGGUUGGAUUCGCCCUUGUUGCUCGCCAUACGGUGCACCUGUUCUCUUCGUCCGGAAGAAGAACAGAGAUCUACGGUUAUGCAUCGACUAUCAGAAACUUAACGCACAAACCGUAAAGAACGCCGGCCCUCUCCCUCGGAUUGAUGGUCUCCUUGAGCGGUUAGGCGGCGCGACGUACUUCUCGAAGUUGGAUCUUAAGUCAGGUUACCACCAGAUUGAAAUCCCGUACUUCUCGAAGUUGGAUCUUAAGUCAGGUUACCACCAGAUUGAAAUCCAGCCUCAAGACCGGUACAAGACCACGUUCAAUACGCGGUAUGGGCAUUUUGAGUGGGUUGUCAUGCCAUUUGGCCUCACCAAUGCCCCCGCAWCGUUUCAAGCAGCGAUGACGACUGAGUUUCGCGACUUGCUCGAUCGCAGCGUCCUCAUCUACCUUGAUGAUAUCUUGGUUYMUASUAGGACGUUGGACGAGCACAUCGUACACCUUCGCGUUGUUUUGAAUCGGAUGCGACUAGCCAAGUAUAAAGCAAAUCUCGACAAGUGCGAAUUCGCCAGGCAAGAGCUUGAGUACUUGGGCCAUUUUGUCACGCCGAAAGGCAUUCUUCCCUUAGCGGACAAAAUUCAAGCCAUCGUGGAUUGGCCGGAACCCCGUUGCACUACGGAUGUACGCUCUUUCAUGGGUUUGGCUGGAUAUUAUCAGCGAUUCGUCGAGUCGUCAGGUCAUACUCGAAAGUGGCGGCUCCUUUGUCGAGACUUCAGUCCCCGAAGGAAUCAGUUGGCAGGUGAGGCCAACAUCAACAUGCACAACUUUCCCUCGUUCAGCAAGAAGGCCCUAGACCUAGAGGUAAAGAUAGGGCAUGGACAUACACCCACGACGAACGGUAGAAAAAAGGCACUGCCUCCCAACUGGAAGGCGAAAGGCCGCAUAAUGUUCGCCAACAACGAUGGUUCUACCAUCGAGCUAGAAGACAACUUCCAGGUGGGAGCGGGUUCAGAGGCGGGCAGCGUAGAAGUUUUAGGGGGUGGAACAGUCGUUGCCUCUAUCCAAAAAGACAACUGUGAGGUUGCUUUCAGACAUCUGAAGCAUGCGUUAACACACCAUGAGGUCUUUAAACUUCCUGAUCCUGACAAACCUUUCGUUGUGACUACGGAUACCAGCCAAUAUGGCAUUGGUGCCGUCCUUGCACAGCAGGAGGGGAAAAAGUUGAGGCCAGUAGAGUACAUGUCCAAAAAGAUGCCCUCUCAAAAGUUGGCUAAGUCCACCUAUGAGGAGCUCUAUGCGAUCUACAAAGCGCUGACCCAUUGGAGGCACUACCUCCUAGGUCGCUUCUUCUAUGCCAGGACUAAUCAUCAGACCCUGAGAUGGAUGAAGACUCAACUGGUACUCUCCGACGCUCUGAAGCGUUGGAUCGAAGUCAUUGAGCAGUAUGACUUCGAACCCCAGUACAUCAAGGAGGAGUACAACAAGGUUGCUGAUGCAUUGUCGCCUAGGCCAGACUUUCUCGGUGCGCUGGUCACUAAAUUUGGGCUUGCGGACAAUGUUACUCAGUCUUUGGUGGAAGCCUAUCGCGAGGACCCGUUCAUGUCAGAGAUCAUACACGGACUCGAGGCGAAGGAUAAUGCUACGUCUGAAGAGUUUUGAGUUGAUCAAUGGCUUGUUGUUCCUUGAGAAGGCCGGGAAUAAUCGUCUUUGUGUGCCUAAUCAGGAGUCUUUGCGUAGUUUAUUUUUAGGUGAGUGUCAUGAUGCCACAUGACAUUUUGGAUAUAGGAAGACUUCAACAAACUUGUUGCAGCGGU